AUAUAAACUAGACUAGAUGUUCAACAUAUUCCAAAUUGUGUUAAGAUUCAGAAGAAUGCAGCUGCUACAUUCUUUAAACCCUUUAUUUUUCUUCAUAAUCUGGGCUUACAUUUUCUAUGGGAAUGUAAGGGGACAUCAAGUUACAUUCUAUAUACACAACAAAUGUCCAUUCCCGAUAUGGCCAGCAACUGCAUCAAACACUGGCCAACCAAUUAUAGCAGAUGGUGGAUUCUACCUUGCAUCAAGCCAAACCAAGAAAAUUCAAGCACCAUGGUCAUGGAGUGGUAGAAUUUGGGCUAGAACAGGUUGCAAUUUUGAUUCAAAUAGUUGGAAACCAUCUUGUGAAACAGGGGAUUGUGAUGGAAAACUAGCAUGCAAUGGACUCAUAGGUACUCCACCAGCUACAUUAGUUGAAAUUACACUUCAAGGUGAUAAAGGGAAACCAAAUUUCUAUGAUGUUAGUCUUGUUGAUGGUUACAAUGUUCCUGUUUCUAUCACACCAAGCAAGAACAUUAAUUCAAAAUGUAACAUUCAAGGUUGUUUGAAGGAUGUUAAAAGUUUGUGUCCUAAUGAGCUUCAAGUGUUGAAUUCUAAUGGAGAAGUUGUUGCUUGCAAAAGUGCUUGUUUGGCUUUUGAUCUUGACAAUUUUUGUCGUAGGAAUGGCUAUGGUAGUCAACAAAAGUGUAGGCCAAAUGUUUACUCAAGAAUAUUUAAGGAUGCUUGUCCUAAUUAUUUUAGCUUUGCUUUUGACACCCCUACACCACUUGUGAGUUGUGGAGCAUUGGAAUAUGUAAUUACUUUUUGUCCUUAUGAGUGGGGUGGUGGUGAUGGUGAGUAUAAGUAUGAGUAGAAAGUGUUUACAACAUUUGUUUUUUUAUUUAUAUUGACAUGAUAUAUUGUGGGAAUUUGGGGAUAGAAUAAAAUUUGCAUUUGAUUUUUAAGGUACUCUUGAUAUUGAAGUGUAACUAUAUAUAAAAUUGUUGACCUUAUGUUGAUUAUGGUAUUAUGGCAUAUUAGUACAA